AUGGAUAACCCGAACGUGGAGUUCACGAGGGACGUCGCCGGCGCGCUCAAGGAACGCGCCGAGGCGCAGUCCAUGAUGGCCAAGCACGCGAGCGCGCAGAGGGAGGCCAUGCAGGAGGCUUGCCUCGGUGCCCUGCGCAAGGCCUUGCCGGGUGCCUCCGCGGAGACGUGCCUGAUGGCGUUGGAGACCGCGAACUGGGACGUGGACCGCGCGCACGCGCAGGUCAAGGCGUUCAUGGGCGCGGCGGCGACCGUCGCGGGCGGCGGUGGAUCCGGAAAGGGACGAUCGUCGAGAAAGUCCAAGCGAAGGCGAAGGGACGACUCCGGCUCGGACUCGGACUCGAGCUCGGCUUCCUCGUCGUCCUCCUCCUCAUCCUCGCGCAAGAAGAGCAAGAAGAGCAGGAAGAGCAAGAAGAGCAGGAAGGAGAAGAAGGGCAAGAAGGAGAAGAAGGGCAAGAAGGGCAAGAGGGAUGCCAAAAAGCACGGAAAGGAGGCGACCGAGCCGGAGUUUGGCGCCAGGGGGUUCAUCAAGGAGACCGACAAGUACGACAAGGAGGGCGAGUUCCGAGCGUGGCUCGGCGAGGUCAAGAAGCUCGACGUGGAGUCCCUGCAAAAAUGGGAGGAGAAGGAGCUGUUCAAGGAGUAUGCCGAGGACUACAACACCGCCACGCUGCCGCACGAAAAAUUUUACCAUCUGGAAAAGUGGUCGCGCGAGGAAGCCGCUCGGCAGGCUCGGGAGGACCCGACCGCCGCCGCCGCGACCGCCGCCGCCGAGCGGGAGAGUUUCAACGACGAGGAGGAGCGCAAGCGGGAGAUUCAGUUGGAGCGGGAACGAAGGGACGCGGAGUACAAGCGAGAGACGUACCUGCGCAUGAAGAGCGAUUCGGGCGAUUUGGAAAACUUGCGCGAGCAGGAGCGGCUGAAGGAGCUGAGGAAGAAUGCGUACAACAUGGGGGACAUGGAGACGGUGGCGAGGGUGAACAAGAUACUGGCGCCGGACGAGCCGACCUGA